AUGUACUUGCUUAGAGAAACGAAUGAAAAUAGUGAUGAUUCAUCAGAAUUAUCAGACAAACAAGAAUCGAUUUUUGACGCGAUUGUUCGUCGAAAACAAAUCACCUCUUUCACUGGAGCUGGAAGCGAUUAUUGCUAUAAGAUAUUUUUUAUAAAACAUGAUGAUAGAUUAGAAACAAUAUCAAGAGCUGUUCAUAAUCCACUUGGUAAUCUCUUGGUGUGA